AUGGGAAAGAUUUUGCAAAAAAAGAAGAACCGUUCCGGCUUGUCCAAGGCUACGGCCAAGAACAACCGCCUCAAGAGCGGUAACAAGAAGAUCAAUGUGCUGGGUAACGCCAUUAUCGCUGAGAACUGGAACAAUGAACUCACCUUGACACAAAACUACAAGAACUUGGGUAUUCUUCAUAAACUCAACGCCCCCGCUGGUGGUCGCGAACGCCUGCCAGGAACCGAAAACGAUGCCGAAGCAUCGCACACCCUGCAGAUCCGAGGCAGCGCAAAGGCCGAUGCUCAGAUUGAUCUGGGCGAGAUCCAGGUGGAGCGUGAUCCCGAGACUGGAAAGAUUCUGCGAGUGAUUCGGGAUGACGACGAAAUCGAAGUUGCUGGCCACAAGCACCGACGCUCGAACCCGCUUAACGACCCGCUGAAUGUUCUUGAAGCCCAGGAAUUGCAGUCUCUGGGUCCUGCUUCCAAAGUUGUGAAGCAGUUAGAACGCCAGGCGGAUCAGGAGGGUGCUGCUGAUAAGGCCAAGAAGCCUCGGUACCAGAGCACGCGCGAGGGAGAUUGGAUCUCUCAGCUGAUUGCGAAGCAUGGGGACGAUCUUACCGCUAUGGUUAGAGAUCGUAAGCUGAACCCCAUGCAGCAGAGCGUGGGUGAUCUGCGGAGGAGAAUCAACAAGUGGAAGAAGUCUCAGGAGUAA